AGCCACACAUGCCAUUCAGGUGUAUCGUCAGUGAACGCGGUACUUGGUUACAACAAGUUAGCUCUUUUUUAUUUGACCACUUGCGGGGGCUCGAGUUGCGGGACCCAUUCUUAACAAAGAAUUCGACAGAUGUCAUUGCUUUUCUAAAAAAGAAGCAGAAGGAAAUAGGUUUUUUAUUUUCUAUUGAUGUCGAGGAUUUGUUCUACUCUGUACCGCAUACAGAGCUGUUUAAGUCUGUCCGAGAGUGCAUUGAGUGUAAUGGAACUGUUGCAUUUCAAAAUUCUGUGGGCAUUAGUGUGGACAAGUUUAUGUCGCUCCUCGAGUUUUACCUUCGGGCGACGGUUGUUUCCUUUGACUCAGGCUUGUUUGUUCAAAAGAAAGGGAUAUGCAUUGGAUCUUGCGUUGCCCCUGUGCUGUGUAAUUUUUUAUCUUCCAUUGACCGGGAUUUAGAAUCCACGUUUGACAAAGGCACUGUCCUGCAAAUUUUUAGAUACGUGGAUGACUUUUUGGUAGUUUUAGCAGCUGAUUUUAAUCUGACUUAUGACAACACCGUACAAAGCGUAUUAGGCUACUUUAAAAACCUAGGGAAAGGCCUGAGUUUUACGCAUGAGGUGCCGCUGAACAAUAGCCUCCAAUUUUUAGACAUAAACAUUAGAUGUUGUGAUGGAAACGUGUGUUGGAUGUAUUCGCCAAGAGCAAAGAAAGAGCUGUUACCGUAUAACUCUUCACACUCUAAAACGGUAAAGAGGGCCAUCGGUUCUCUUUGCCUUGAAUCUGCCCUGACAAAGUCAUGUGAGCACAUGCUUGAGACGAGCUUCACCGCCCAGAUAGAGAGACUAAAAAACGCUGGCUUUCCCAGUUCUGUUUUGUCAGCUGUUGCUGAAACGUUACUACAAAAAAUGAAAGGAAAAAAGAAAACCAAACAGACAGGUCCAGAGCAGAGGAUACCACAGGUGUUGCCCUAUACGCACCGUGUAGCGCAUGGCUUGAAAAAAGUGGCGUUCAGGUUUGGAGUGUCCGUGGUAUUUUCCGCACCAAGGAAAUUGGGUGGUUUGUGUGCACGCAUCGGGAAAAAGAAGAAGUUUCAGUGUGAGGCGAAGCAUGGGAAGGUUUUUGUGAAGUGUGUUGUUGGCGUGGUGUAUGCAAUUCCAUUGACGUGCGGGAUGUUAUACAUAGGCCAAACAGGGCGUUGUGUGAAUUUUAGGGCCUGGGAACAUUUCAAAUCACUUGAGAAAGGCACAGGCUCCAAUCUAGCCCUUCAUUGUAAACAGUGCAAUUGUAAGCCACUGCUGAACGAAAUCAAGAUUUUAGGCAAAAGCCAUGAAAAAUUGGCACGGGAAAUUUUGGAAGCUUUUCAUAUUGCAAAGAGUGGUGAAGCAUGCUGCAGCGAUAGC